CCUUCAAAUUUGACCCAAGGUCAAGCUCAAGGUCACCAUCAGAUGACCCCCUACAACUUUGUCUGUAAAACAUUUUUCUCGACGACCCGCAAAGUUACGAAAGGUGAUGGAUUAAAAUCGGACACCCUGUAUAUAAAUAUUGUCAAGUAUGGCGAAUCACGAUCGGAGAGAGAAUUCGAACGAUUAUUAUUUUUCCCCGUCUCGAGCGUCAAAAUAACGCCGUGAAAGAUAUCGGAAAAAUUCUUCGAGACCAGAAAAUUUGAAAAGAAAGUGAAUGCGUUUCUUUUUCGCAAACGUUCGUCAUAUAUCGGGCGGCACAAUUAUAUAACCUAAAAACAAUGGACAAGAACAGGCAACAACUUUGGAAGGAAAAGGGUGUUAUAGAUCCCAAGCAAAGGCUCAAAAAUCUUUCGGAAAAUGCUUCGAAGGUGGACAUUGAUCCCAAUAUUCCACCUGGAAGAUAUUAUCGCACUGGAGUGGAAAUGGUCAGAUUAGCAGACAUGAAUAUGCAAGAUAGCAACUACGAGAAUGCCUUCAUUCUAUACAUGAAGCUUUUUGUAGACAAAAUAGGGAACCAUCCACAAUAUGGCAGUAUACCAGCCAGGGAUAAGAUGAUGAAUAAGCAUGCUUUAAGAGUUGUUAUUCCUAAAGCUGAAGAAUUGAAAAAACAAUUGCUGGAACAAUAUCAGGCAGAGUUGGACAAGUAUUUGGAAGAUUUGAAAGAGAGGGAAAAAAUCGAAAAGGAACGUUUGAGGCAAGAAGAGCUUCAAAGGCAAAAGGAAGAAGAAGAAAAAAAACAAAUUGGCUGCUUUGGCUGCUGUUCAAGCAGCAAAACUGCAAACAGUAUAAAUAUGGUAAUACCAGAGGAGGUGAAAGAGUUGCCAUCUAUAACACCCAAGAAUGGAAGUCCUAUGAGAAAUGAUAAAGGACUCAAGGACAUAAAAAGACCGACGAUCGAUCGUUCUACAAAACCAUCCUUAUUGACGAGUGACGGAUUAUCUUUGCGCGAUGUUAUCCUGCCAACUAAAUUAAUGCACGACUUUCUAAAGCUCGCCUUCACCAACACAAUGAGCAACAAAGAGACGUGCGGUAUUCUGGCUGGCAGAUUGGAACGAAAUAAAUUGCUGGUGACACAUCUAUUGAUUCCAGAACAAACUGGUACUCCCGACUCCUGCACAACACACAACGAAGAAGAUAUCUUUGAUUAUCAGGAUCAGCACAACCUUAUUACUCGGUGGAUCCAUACACAUCCUACGCAAACUGCAUUCUUAUCAAGCGUGGACCUGCAC